CGCCGCUGAUCUUCCACGUCGCACAGAGCGAUGGCACUUGUAUUAUGCCGAAACGUGUAGUCCAGUGUCGAUGCUGAAGUGAGUGGUUUGAAGUGAAAUAAAUUCGUAUUCAUAACAGAAAAGUUAAUUUCAAAACAACGGAACAAAAUGAAGAAAUUCAGCAUUUUUUUAUUAUUAAUUGUUUCACCAAUUAUUCUCACUGUGAACAGAGUUCACGCUCAAGAAGAUGAAAAUAUUGAUGACAUAGUAGACGUCGAAGGGGAAGAUAAUUCCGUAAUAACAGACGAAGAACCUGAAGAAGAAACAACUAAUGCCUCGUCUGAUGCUGAAACUACUAUAUUAUUUACUAGACCUGUUUAUACCGGAUUAUCAACAUUAGAACUACCAGCUGGGAACUUAGUUGAGUUGCUUGUUGGUUUCACCAAUAAAGGUGAAUCAGAUUUUGUUCUUGAAUCUUUGGAUGCAUCUUUUCGUUAUGCAAUGGAUUUUAACUUUUAUAUUCAGAACUUUUCAACUGUUACAUAUAACAAGAUUGUGAAGCCAAAACAUGAGGCAACUUUGGCAUAUUCAUUUAUUCCAUCAGAGAACCUUGCUGGAAGGCCCUUUGGUUUCAAUAUUAAUCUGAAUUACAAAGAUGGUAAUGGCAUCAACUUCAGUGAAGCUGUUUAUAAUGAAACAGUACAGAUUGUAGAAUUAGAUGAUGGCCUUGACGGAGAAACAGUUUUUCUGUACGUAUUCCUUGCUGCGUGUGUAAUACUGAUACUUGUCGGAGGGCAACAACUUCUUUCAUCGCUGGGUCGUAAAUCUCGAUCUUCUACUACUCGUAAAGUACCUAUAGAAACGGGUACAUCCAAUCCUAAUAAUGUUGAUUAUGAUUGGUUACCAAAAGAAACUUUGAAUAGAAUUAAUAAAUCUCCAAGAACUCCGAAACAGAGUCCUAGGCAACGAAGAGCUAAACGAACAGUUGAUUCUGAUGACUGAAUUGUGUUAAUAUGUAUGUAUAUAUAUUAUUUAAAACAGAUAGGUAGGAAGUACGGUUCCACAUUUGUAAUAAUUUCAUAAAAAAAAUUUGUAAGUCUUUUUGUCAAUGACAAACUAAAUGGAGAACAAACGUCUUGUAACUGCUUGUUUCAAACGUUUGAGGUAUAAAUCUUACAUUAUAGCUAAUAAUGAAAAAUCGUAAAAUAAAUUUUAUAAUUUGUGAAUCUAUAUGAUUAAAUGCUGUAUAAUACUAUCAGUAUGAAAAGACACAAAUUAACAAGAUGUUUUAAUUAUUUGCGGUCGAAGUUAUUGUAUUAUUACGAUACAAUUAACUUAUUGCUACUUUAUUACAUGCAAAAAACAUACACAAUAGAAACAUUUAGUAUACAUUCGAUAUUGUUUUUUUAUAAAGUAAAUUUAUAUCCCGUAACAUUCGACCGCGACGUGUUAAAAUAUUCUGCUUCAAAGCUUAUGUAUCAUAUAAAUUUAUCAUGUAUAAAAUUCAAACCUUCAUUCACUAUCACUACAAACGACGUACAUUUCUAUGCCCGUAUUGUAACGAAAU